AUGAACAAAAGAAACAAACUUGCUAUUUACUACAAGAUGAUUACAGAGUGUAUUAAGAAUAUCGAUUGCACUGAAGUUGCUGAGUACAUUGGAAUAAACUUUGAUUAGACUGGGGAACUUUAAAAGAUGCAACCUUAAAUCAAUUAAUUGACUAAUUUUGAGGUCCUAGCUAGAACUAAAGGUAAAAUUCAAAUCGAUGAAGAGGAUAAGAAAACAAUGACAUUUUUAUAUGAACAAUAAGAUAAUAUUAAAAUGCCUAACUAUGAAAGAAAGGGCAAUGCAGGUGCUUCAAAAUUACCACAGAACUAGUAAUUUGUACCUAAAAUGAACUUUAAUGAGAAUUUACAAGACAAUAUACCCGAGAAGCAGUAAGAACCUGAGAUAAAGAAACCUGAGCCAACUGAAAGACGUGCAAACAAUAGAUUCUAAAAUAACAAGAAGCCUGUUGUUGAUGAUUAGAUAAUUAACGAGUAGUUAGUUGGAUAAGCUUAGUAAGCUAACCAGUAAGCUCAAAAUGCAGACAAGCAAGGAGGACGCCCAAAAAUAGAUUUGAGAAAGCAAAAGCCUUAGAAAAAUGCAGGUCAACAAGGAGAAGUAGAGUUUGAUGUUAAUAAAUAUGUUGACGACAAGACAAUAGAAAAAGUUGAUUAUUAUAACUAAAAGACUAAUCCCUAGCAGCACUAGCAAAAAUAGUAGGAAAGAAAGUCUUAGGACAAUAAUCGAUAAUAAUCAAAUCAGCAAAAAUAAGAGUAAUAAUACAGCAAUAAUCCAUCUGGACCAAACUCUUAAUCUUAAAAUAGUCAAGCUAGAAUAGGUAAAUAGAAUAAGCAAUCGAAAACAUAAGCAAGUUAAUAAUCAGCUACAAUUGGAUCAUCAAAAGCAUCUUUCUCUAUUCUUAGAUGGUUAAAAGAUCCUAUAGGUUUAAUCUUUUUGGUUGUGGAUUUCCUAUUUUCUCAAAACUUUAUCAUUAUGGCACUGAUUUAUUUGGUCUACUACUUUUACUCUAAACAAAAAGAAAUGAAUCAAGAAAUAUUAAAAAGAACUUAAGUACAUUCAGAAAAUAAUAAGAGAGAUGCUAAAAGUAAAAAGAAUGAAAAAAAAUCAGAUGAGGUUUAGCAUGAAUAAACUGAUUCUCAAAAAGAAAAUACUGAGUCUGAUGAAUCUAAUUAGAAAGGUGAAAAAGAUGAUAAAACUGAAGUUGCAAAUUAAAGCAGCAAAAACCAAUCUAAUUAGGUAAAAAAUAGGAAGAACAAAAUCAAAAAGUGA